AGCCGGAAGACGCGCAGCAGCCAGAGGCAGCUGGACAUGGAGGGGGCGCUGACGGCCCGGGACCGUGUGGGCAUCCAGGACUUUGUGCUGCUGGACGCUCACACCAGCGAAUCGGCCUUCCUAGACAACCUGAAGAAGCGGUUCAGUAAGGACCUCAUCUACACCUACAUUGGCACUCUUCUGGUGUCUGUCAACCCUUACAAAGAGCUGGACAUCUACACCAAAAAACAAAUGGACAUCUACAUGGGUGUUAACUUCUAUGAGCUUCCACCCCACAUCUAUGCCUUGGCUGACAACGCUUACCACACCAUGCUGAUGGAGACUAACAACCACUUCAUUCUGAUCUCUGGAGAGAGUGGAGCUGGAAAGACAGAAGCCUCUAAGAAGAUCCUGCAGUUCUACGCAGUCAGUUGCCCCAGCACCAGUCUGCUGGACACCGUGCGGGACCGGAUGCUUGUGUCCAACCCCGUACUAGAGGCUUUUGGGAAUGCCAAAACACUGAAGAAUGACAACUCCAGUCGCUUUGGGAAGUACAUGGACAUCCAGUUUGACACGCAGGGGGAGGCGGUGGGGGGCCACAUCCUCAGCUACCUGCUGGAAAAGUCCAGGGUGGUCCACCAGAACCAUGGAGAGAGGAAUUUCCACAUCUUCUACCAGCUGGUGGAGGGUGGGGAGGAGGAGCUAUUGCACAGUCUGGGCUUAGAGAGGAACUGCCAGCAUUAUAGUUACCUAGUACAGGGGGAAUGUGCCAACGUGAGUUCCAUCAAUGACAAGAACGACUGGAAGACUAUGCAGAAAGCACUCUCUGUCAUUGAAUUCAGCGAGAGUGACAUUGAGCAAUUGUUUGGGAUUAUCGCCAGCGUCCUUCAUCUGGGCAAUGUCUACUUUGAUUCAGACAGCAGGGGAUAUGCCACCCUGUACAGCAAUUCAGAGCUACGCUGGAUAUCAAAGUUGCUGGGGAUCCAUGUGCAGGUGCUGCAGGAGGUGUUUACCUACAGGAAGAUCGAGGCCAAGGCAGAGGAGGUUCUCAGCCCCUUCAACGUGGACCAUGCCAUCUAUGCCAGAGAUGCAUUGGCCAAAGCUAUUUACGGUCGCACAUUCACAUGGCUGGUUAACAAGAUCAAUGAGUCUUUAGCAAAUCAGGACUCAACAAGAAAGACAGUCAUUGGAUUGUUAGAUAUCUAUGGCUUUGAAGUGUUCUACGUGAACAGCUUUGAACAGUUCUGUAUCAACUAUUGCAACGAGAAGCUGCAGCAGCUCUUUAUACAGCUUACCCUGAAGUCAGAGCAGGAGGAGUAUGAGGCUGAGGGAAUCGAGUGGGAGCCAGUGCAGUUCUUCAACAACAAGAUCAUCUGUGACCUGGUGGAGGAGAAGCACAGAGGCAUCAUCUCAGUGCUGGAUGAGGAGUGCCUGAGGCCAGGGGAAGCUAAUGACCUCACCUUUCUGGAGAAGCUGGAGGAGAAGAUGGGUGGCCAUCCUCACUUCGUCACACACAAGCUGGCUGACAAGAAUACGCGUAAGACCUUGGACAGAGGAGAUUUCCGCCUCCUGCACUACGCUGGAGAGGUCACCUACUGUGUUGUGGGAUUCAUUGACAAAAACAAUGAUCUCUUGUAUAGAAACAUCAAAGACGUGAUGCGCCAGUCCAAAAACGCCAUUAUCAGGCAUUGCUUCCCACCAACAGAACCGGACAGUAGGAAAAGGCCUGAGACGGUGGCUACCCAGUUUAAAACCAGCCUGAUGAAGCUUACGGAAAUCCUUAUGUCCAAAGAGCCCUGGUAUGUGCGAUGCCUGAAGUCAAACGACACCAAAGCACCAGGCCGGUUUGACGAUGCGCUGGUGAGACAUCAGGUGAAGUACCUGGGGCUGAUGGAGCACCUGAGGGUGAGGCGAGCUGGCUUUGCUUACCGACGGCGAUAUGAGAUCUUCCUGCAGAGGUAUAAGCCUCUAUGUCCUGCCACCUGGCCCCAUUGGAGAGGGGUGCCGGCUGAUGGUGUAGAAAAGCUGGUCAAACACCUGGGCUACAAGCCAGAUGAAUACAAAAUGGGCAGAACCAAGAUAUUCAUCCGCCAUGCCAGAACCCUUUUUGCCACAGAAGAUGCCUUUGAGAUCUGUAAGCACGAGCUAGCAACAAGGAUUCAAGCCAAGUAUAAAGGCUACAGAGCGAAAGGGGAGUUCAGGAGACAGAAAGAAGCAGCCACAAAGAUUGAAAACUGCUGGAGGGGAGUGCAGGCCAGGAAGGAGCGAGAGAAGAGAGCAUGGGCUGUCAAAGUUAUCAAGAAGUUUAUCAAGGGAUACAUGACCAGACAUCAGGCAUCGUCUAAAGACAAUUCAGAAUACCUUGCCUUUGUCAGGCAGAGUUAUCUCAACAGGCUGAAGGACAACCUGCCCAAAACUGUUCUCGACAAAACCACCUGGCUCACCCCUCCACCUGUAGUUAAAGAGACCUCAGAGCUGCUGCGCAAACUGCACACCCGACUCAUGGUGAGGAAGUACGUCAGAGGCAUCACCGCACAACAAAAAGCACAGCUGCAACUGAAAGGGAUCACCAGUGAACUCUUUAAAGGGAAGAAGGACAGCUAUCCACAGAGUGUUGCCAAACCAUUUGUGGAGACCAGGAUCAGUGAACAGGAUAUCAACAUGAGGGUCCUGCAGAUGAUUCGUCAUGAACGCAUAAAGUAUAGCACUCCGGUAGUGAAGUAUGACAGGAAUGGGUUCAAACCCCGGCAACGGCAGAUCAUCUUCACCCAGGCUGCGGCCUACCUGGUGGAGGAGGCAAAGAUCAAGCAGAGGGUGGAGUACAGCGCUCUGACAGGUGUGUCUGUAAGCAACCUGAGUGACAGCAUGAUGAUCCUACAUGUCAAAUGCGAUGAUGUGAAACAGAAGGGAGACCUGGUGUUGCAGUGUGACUACCUAUUUGAGGCAGUGACCAAGCUGAGUGUGGUGGCAAACAAGCAGGGCGCCAUCAAGGUGGUUCAGGGAAGCAUCAAGUUCAAUAUUCAGCCAGGCAAAGAAGGGUUUGUGGACUUCAGCAGUGGGCAGGAGCCAGCAGUGUACAAGGCUAAAAAUGGCCAUCUGAUGGUGGUAUCGCCACGAUCCAGAACUCGAUGA